AUGGGAAAAUAUCGUUAUUUUAACGAUUCGCUUCUUUUAGAGAUCUAUGCGCUUUACAAAGGACCUGACGUUCUUCGUUUAGAUGCCGAAUGUGCUGAAGGAAAUAAUCCACAUCCGAAGAAUAUUUUUCAAGGCUCAAUCUACUUGACCGUUGGCUCGUUUUUUGUCACCCUGUACGCGUUGUGUCUCGUUGCAAUGGCACAGCAAAAGUUUAUGAAAAUCAUUUGCUACAGAAUAUUAUUUGUCGUUGGACUCGUUGACGUGUUCAGUCUUGUUCCAAGUUCGAUUCUACCCGGCUAUUUUCUGGUGAUGGGCUACUCGUUUUGUGACAGUCCGCUGCUGAAUCUCUGGAUUGCAACGCUGUGCUUUGCUGAUUGGUGCGUCUAUUGUGCGUUGAGUGUGGUGUUGGCACUGAAUCGUUGCGUCGAUUUUAUUGGCCCUCAAUUGCAACAGACUUUAUUUGGUGGAUGGCGACUAACGCUUUGGCUUCUCCCGCCGUUCAUUUAUGGAGCCAUUGUUUAUUUCACUUGCCCGCCACUCGUUUAUCUCACUCCCACGGCUAGCUACUAUUUUGCGGCAAAACCCGAGCAUUCGAUUAUGCCAAUGAUCUUUUUGUAUAACAAUGUCGGUGUGGCGAUUUGCAUUUUGUUCUUGAAUAGCCUCAUGCUCAUUUUGAUGUAUCGAGCACAUCGAAAGAUGAAUGCAAACACGAACAAGAUACAAACAGUUAUUGCCAUUCAAUGCUUCGGCAUUUGCACGACGGUGAUGAUCACCGGCGUUUUCUACUGUACAAUCGCCUCGGGUUGGAUCGAGCUCCCUCCAAUCAUGUACCUUGUCACAAAUGGCUCAUGGCAAUUCUCGAAUAGUUCGAUGGCGAUUUUUUACAUGCACUACGAACAAGAUUUGAAGCUUUUAAGGGAAAGACUCCCACAAAGAAUCGACAUUUUCGAGUUCUUAAUCAAAGACGCAGCUGGGCAAAUCGAGUUCAUUUUCGGCAAAGAGAAGAUCGUUUGCACGCUGGAGUCAACGCGGACGACGAUUGAUGAGAAAAUGAGGAUAAUCGCCACAUUUCUCGGAUCGGAUUUAGCGAUAGCCCGACUGAUCUUCGACGCUUUGGGCGAAAUGUUUCGAACGAGGAUUCUCGUGUUACCGAAUCACAUUCAUAGUAAUCCAAUCCUUCCGCUACUCCAAAAAACGAAUUUCUUCAUUUUCUCCUCUCUACUCGUUCUUCAGCAUGAUUGGACGAUUUUUGAAUAUUUAUGUCAACAAUUGAACUCAUUAGAAACGUUACCAAAAAAGGUUCUGAUCACUGAUCUAAUGUGUGAUUGCUCGAAAAAGCAGAAAAAUUUUGCAGUUUGUAUCCAAUGUCUGACGAAAGUGUUGAGGAUUGAUCAGAUCAUUCGACGAGACUCGGUCAUUCUCACGAGCAAAGAAGUCUCCACAGAAGACGUUGCAAAAUUCUCCCUCACUCCGGAAAGGACUAUGUGGCCAGAAGCAAAUUUCGUUGUUCAUCUAGUUAAAUGGAUGGCUCGUCCAUGCAUCGAACCAUCAGCAAUUCGGCCUCGCCUUGUCGGACUCCGUUUCCGUGACUACACCGCGCAAUUCCAGAAGCGACUAGUGAUUGGCUUUGAUGCCAUCAAAAUGCUUUCAAAAGAUGGUUUUGAGAUCUAUCGAUGGGCAGCUCCGUUUGAUUUUUACUACGUCGUAGUGAAAGAUCUCGAGUACGUAGCCGUGAUUCGCGAUUUCGAGAUGAACAUCGAGAAAAUCGUUGCCGACACACAGGAAAUGUUUGAGCUGUCGGAGAUGGCGAUUUUAAGAGAU